GAUUGGGAUCAAAUCUCACUGGGAGGCGGAGACACACACAUCAACAGAUUCCUGCGUCUAUACUCUCAUAUGAUUGCUGAACCCUUGUUGGAAGAGACAUUACUCUGGCAAAAUGAGUUUUUUUGGGUUCGGCCAAAGUGCCGACAUCGAGAUCCAGCUGGAUGGAUCAGACACAAGGAAGAUGGCAGAGAUGAAAACAGAAGAUGGAAAGAAGGAGCGAUAUUAUCUAUACUAUGAUGGAGAGAGUGUCUCAGGAAAGGUGAAUGUCUCUCUCAAGAAGCCAGGUAGUCGCUUGGAACACCAGGGGAUCAAAAUUGAGUUUGUUGGCCAAAUUGAACUGUACUACGACCGAGGCAACCACCACGAAUUCACAUCACUGGUGAAAGAACUGGCCAGACCUGGGGAACUCACACAGAACGGCUCUUUUGAGUUUGAGUUCAACCAGGUGGAAAAACCAUAUGAGUCAUACUCUGGCACUAAUGUCAGACUCAGGUACUUUCUCAGAGUAACAGUUGUGAGGAGGUUAUCUGACAUUGUUCGAGAAAUGGACCUGUUGGUGCAUACUCUCUCCUCAUACCCAGAAAUGAACAACUCAAUCAAGAUGGAAGUGGGCAUUGAAGACUGUCUUCACAUAGAAUUUGAGUAUAAUAAAUCAAAGUACCACUUGAAAGAUGUUAUUGUAGGCAAAAUAUACUUCCUCUUGGUUCGUAUCAAGAUCAAGCACAUGGAAAUUGCCAUCAUCAAGAGAGAGACAACUGGAUCAGGACCAAAUACUUUCAAUGAAAAUGAAACCAUUGCCAAAUAUGAGAUUAUGGAUGGAGCACCAGUCCGAGGCGAGUCCAUACCCAUCCGGGUUUUCCUAGCUGGGUAUGACCUCACUCCAACCAUGCGGGACAUCAAUAAGAAGUUCUCUGUCAGAUACUACCUCAACCUUGUCCUCGUGGAUGAGGAGGAACGGCGAUAUUUCAAACAACAGGAAAUCACACUUUGGCGCAAGGGUGAGAGGCUAAGACGGCCUUUACAGCAACAGCUUCUAGCACAGCAGCAUGCACUACAGCAACUACACCUCAACAACCAACAGAGCAAAUUCCCUCAGUCACACCCUCAUGGACAACCUCAAGAAUAUGUACCACAGAUGCCCUCCACAGGGGCUGAACCUCCGUCCCCACAGCAGUCACAGUCUCCCAUGCAUGAGGAGGCACCAGAAAAGGUGGAGUCUAAUCCAUCCAUACAGCCACAGUCCAGACAACCAGCAGCUUCUGUAACUCCUCCCCAGCCACAGCCAGAAGCAGAGCCCGCAGAGGAAGAGGAAACCACGCCCAAACUGCCAUCCCCUCCAACGGAGCCCCCCAACAGCAUCGAUUCUCCUGAGGAGGAGUUCUUAGAGGCUCAGGCAGGCUCUCCCUCAGAGGAUGAUGAUGUGGGAGAAGAGGAAGAAGCAGUAAAACCAUCUUCUGCAGUCUCACAAGAACCAGUUCCAGUCGCUCAGUAGUAGACAAUUGGCCUCAUCAAUAUUUAGACAAAAUUAGGUUUGGGAGUGAAGAUCCAGUUGGUGUGUAUAGGGAAAGCCUGUAUAUUUAUGCUGUGUUGGAUGUUGAUUUCUGUUUUGUAGCAAACAAAAAUUCAGUAAGAUUUAGCAUAAAUAGACCAGGUGUGUGUGUGAAUGAGGAAGGAUAAGAUGAAACUGGAAAUUUAUUCCAAACCAUAUAGAAAUUAUAUAUGAUGAGUUUAUUCUGAAAUGUCCUUUAUGGAGUGCUUAGAAAGAAAAAUGUAUAUUCUAUUGAAAAGUAUCUAAAUGACGUGAUUAUAAAGAUUUAAGGGGAUUUGUACAUUUUGAAUGUUUCCUAACACAACUUGUUUAUAUGCAAAAUAGAUUUUCAGUUUAACAAAACAGAAAUUUCAUAAUGCACAUAGUAAUAUGAGUUGCUAUAUAUAUGGUAAGGUUUAUAUUUGACACUUUAUAGUCUAUAGGACCACCUGCAGUUUUAUUGAAUGCUGGAAGGCUGAGGCAUUUUCACAUUAAACUUCAUCUAUUCAAAGAUGAAUAAAUACUGUUGCUGCAUUCAAGUGAUUUGUUGCUGUGCCCUUUAUUAAUCAUUUUAUGAUUUUAUAACCCACAAAGAAGUAACUUGCUACUACUCUAAUAUUAGGUUAACAUAAUAUUAGUUUCUCUCCUUGGUGGGGGUCAAAACACUACUCAUUUAUGAAGUAAGCUUAAGGUCAUCAUAUCAGCACAAGUAUUGCCAGGCCUGCUGUCAUUACUUUCCUAGAAAAGAAGAUAAAAAAGUAAAAAAAAAAAUAAAAAGGAUAAAAAA